GACUAGUGACACCGUAGUGUCAGCUGAUAAACAAUAAUGGCGGAGUUCGUUUUAUGCUGAGCUGUGUUUGACACUAACAAAACAACACGUACAUUUUACAUAUGUGUAUAAAUUUAUUGUGUUGUUUUAACAUUACCAUUUCGUUUUUGAGAAUUCAAAAUGAAAGUAACGGUGACUACUUUAUCGGAUGAUAUAUUUGUGCUGGAUGUAUCAGAAGAUUUAGAAUUAGAAAAUUUCAAAGCAUUUUGCGAAGUAGAAUCAGGUGUACCAGCACCUGAAUUAAUGAUUGUGUUCGACGGCAGGCCUUUGAUUGAUGAUAAAAAAUCUAUGAAAGCACAUGGUAUCAAGGAUGGAGAUGUGGUUAUUUUACAACAUAUUAUGAAUUCAGCUUCGAAUUUAGCAAUGGCUGAUGAUCUUUCACUAGAUUUUAGUGGAAUUCAGGUUCCACAAGCUAUGGAUUCCAGAGCACAACAACAACCACAGCCACAACCAACUGCUGCCUCUUCUAAUUCAUUGCAAGAUGAUCCUGUAAUGAUACGUGAAAUGUUUUUAGCCAAUCCUGACCAAUUAGCCUUACUAAAACAAAAUAAUCCACGGCUAGCAGAUGCAUUGUUGUCUGGAAAUAUUGAUCGUUUUGCGAAAGUUUUAAAAGAACAAGUAGCAGCUCGACAAGAACGUGAAAAACAACGAUUACGUAUGAUGAAUGCACAUCCGUUUGAUACGGAAGCGCAACGAUUAAUUGCCGAAGAGAUUCGACAAAAAAAUAUCGAAGCAAAUAUGGAAGCUGCUAUGGAAUAUAAUCCAGAAACUUUUGGUACUGUUGUAAUGUUAUACAUAAACUGCCGUGUAAAUGGCUUUCCAGUAAAAGCUUUUAUUGAUUCUGGGGCUCAAACUACAAUUAUGUCAGCGGCAUGCGCUGAAAGAUGUAAUAUAAUGAGACUCGUAGAUACAAGAUGGGCAGGUAUUGCCAAAGGGGUUGGUGUACAAAAAAUUAUUGGACGUAUUCAUAUGGUUCAAAUACAAAUUGAAAGCGAUUAUUUAACAACUAGUUUUUCGGUGCUUGAAGAACAGCCAAUGGAUAUGUUACUUGGUUUAGAUAUGUUAAAAAGACAUCAGUGUUGUAUAGAUUUGAAAACGAAUGUGUUACGUAUUGGAACCACUGGAACUGAAACACAAUUUUUAUCCGAACGUGAGCUACCAGAGUGUGCACGUUUAACAGGUGCAUCUGAUGAUGACAUAGCUGAUGAAGACCUUAGAACUGCCAUUCGAAAUAGUCAACAAAACACAUCAACAUCAUCGUCCUCAUCAACAUCACAAAAUCAUAAUGUACCACAAUCAACUUCAAGUGAUUCAUCUCAGGAAAUUAAAAUCACUGAUCGAUUCAGUGAAAAAGAAGUUAAGGAAUUAGUAGACUUAGGAUUUACACGAGCUCAAGUAAUUGCAGAAUUACGUAAUUUUAAUGGAGAUAUGACACAAGCAACUGCAGCACUUUUUGCGAAAUCGCUCAAAUAUUAAUGAAUACUCAGGAAAAUUUAUAAAUUUUUAAGAAACCGUAAGCAAUCUUUUUUUGUUUUUAUUUGGAUUAACUAUUUGUUUUGUAUAUUUAUUUAUAUUAACUUGAAUACCACCGUACUAUAAAAAUUUCACCUCGUCUCGAGUUUUUAUCACAGCUGUUUUAUAAAACACAUAUCUUAUGGCCUUUUGAUUGAUCUAACAUCAAGUACUUAGAUUUUGUCACAAAAGAGGAAAGUAAAUUUAAAUAAUUUCUUGAUUCUAGAAAUACAUUUAAGCAAGGCCCUAGUAACAUUUUAUGGAACUAAUUUUAUAUUUAAGUGCAUGAUAUAAAUUUCAAAUUCAAUAGUCUGUAGUUUUCGUUUUUAUAAGAUGAAUAGUUUCAAUUUUGCACAGAUUUUAAUUAAACAUAUCUUAAUAGUUUUUUGUGACACGUAAGAAUUUUGUGCGAUACAGAAUAUUUUAUUCACGAGACAAUAAUUUUUGAAAUAAACUUUAUGAAUAAAAGAUUUUAUACCAGUUUUUGUAAUCACAUUAAAAAUAUCUUGUAAAAUCAUUACAUAAUGCAGUCAAACUUUGUUCAAGCGGAUUUUAUCUUUAGUUUUUUCUAAAAAUGCUAGAUACUUCAAAGUAGUUUCAGAUAAUAGACAUUUUCCGUUUCACCAAGUUAGGCUGUUAUUUUAAAUUUGUACACACACCGAUAAUAAUUUAAUAAUAUCUUAAUUAGAUUUGAUGGAUAGAAAUCGACGGCAGAUAUUGCUAUUGCAAUCGAUAAUAAAAAUAUCUAAAUAUUAUUGCAAAAUAUGGAUCAUUUUCAAUUUAAAUGUUAAACUCCCGAUUAUCCAUGUGUGUGUAUUUAAAAAAACCAAACAUUUUGUUAAAUUUGCAGCUAGUACGAAUUGUGGUUGUUAUGGAGGCUUUUUAAUUAGUAGUGUCCUUAGUAUCUAGGAAUUGUAAAUGUUUAAUUAUGUAAUAAGAUCACAAUUUUAAAACAAAAACGUAUAAUAGUUCCUUUAAAAUGAUACUAGUCAAUUCGAUUACAUUUGGAAUGAAAAUUUUCCCAUGUAAGAUUGGUUUAAAUUAAUGAUUUUCGAUACUAAUUGUGAAUUUGAUUUUCUAGCAGUUAAAUUUUUCGAUCUAUUUGUGCCUUUAGAAUUUUAGUAAUACAAUAAGAAUUUUUAAUACGAAAAUGAUAAUUCUCUUUCAUUGAUUGUAUGAAUUUCGGGUACGCAUGGCUUUCGGGAAUUGCAACUGUGAAAUUAUGUCUUUAGGGGGGCGUUUAAAAAUACACAAGCAUGAUUAGAUGACAAGCUAUAUUAAUGGCUAAAAAUGGUUGCCAUAUCAAGCAAAGAUUUUAAUUACUAGACUGUAUAUAUAUAGUAUAAUAUAAAAU